GCUAAGUAACGGUCGGGAGGGUUUUUUUUCUCUCUCUCUCUUUUUGGCUGGUUCCAGCUGACAUCCAGCCGGACUAGUUGCUGUCGAUGCAGGAAGUUAUCCCGGGGUUUCCACGUGGCUGCCCGACUGCUGGAGAUGGGCUGAUUUCACCCGCUAAGACCCUGUCAAAACCAUGUCAGCCUAUUCUCCGAAUGGGCGAGUCUUCUGGCUGCUGGUGACUUGUUUCUGCACCGCUUUCCUGUGUCUCCAUCACCUCAGGAGUGACCAACACCAGCAGCAGCAGCAGCAGCAACAACACCAGCAGCAGCAGCAACACCAGCAGCAGCAGCAGCAGAGUGAACUCGGCAGCAGCCCAGACUCACAGGAACCCGGCUCCUUCCCUCUCUUCAGAUUCUCGGUUGCGUUCCUGCUCUGCUACUGCCUGAUCAAAUACAGCUGCUGGCAGCCCCCCCCUCGACACUCCCCUCCUCUCCGGGUACCAGCCGCUGCCCACUCUGCCUCGGGCAGGAAGACCGUCCUGGAGGCUUACUAUGAGCACCAGAUCAAACUGUCUCCACACGUGCUGGGUCACAGCAAGGCACAUGUCACCAAGAUAGUCAGCGAGCUGGUUAAAGUUGGCAAAACUGAGCAUGAGGACUGCACUCUGACCUUCCGAGGGGACUUUGUCCAAGUUGGCAGCGCCUACGAGCAGCACAAGAUCAACAGCCCGGAUUGUUUUGACCUCCUGGUGCCCAUCAAAGUGCCCCAGGUCCUGAAGCUGGAACCCACCUUUGAUUUAGGGAUGAAAGAGUUGCCCUUCCACCUGGGAGGAAGCGCCGUCUGCAGGUUGAAACCCUCCAGCAAAUCCGAGUGGUCAAAGUACAGGAAAGAUUUCAAUGACUGUUUCUGUAUCCACUUCCAGAAGAGAGCUGCCCUCUCGUCCUGCCAGGUGCUGAAAUGGUUCUACAGCAAGAUGCACCGAUGCCUCAAUGUCAUCAAAUACCAGUGUGAAGACCGAUGCUCUGUCACACUGUCUGUGGUCAAUGACCAGCUCAUACUGAAACUGCUGCCCAAGUCGGACUAUGUGUGUUGCCACAUCGCCAUGUCUGUGCGACUGAUUCCAGCUGUUCAUGUGGGCGAUUCAGUAUUUCUUGUAGCCCAGCCCUGGGCUAGGACUGAGGUGGUGCUCAGGCCCCUGAAGCAAGAGGCCUUCUGGUAUGUUUAUCUGUCCAAGCAUGAGCAAAAGUUUCUGAAUUGGCUGAAAGUGCAAACUCCAAACAACUCCUGCCACCUGAAAUGUCUUCAGAUUAUGAAGGCUCUUCGUGACGUGGGCUGCAAAGAGUUUGACCAGCAAUUUUCCAUCCAGUGGAACAUGAUACUCUGCUCCUACAACAUGAAAACAGCACUCUUUCAUUUGCUGUUGAAAGGUCCCCUGGAAGCUUGGGAUGAAAAAUUCCUCAUGGAAAGAUUAGAGGACCUGGUUAGGUUCUGGAGGGAACGCUUACAGAAACAGGAACUGAUGCAUUUUUUCCUGGGGAAUAAAAACGUCCCAGAUUUUUUGACGGUGCCAAGGAAAAUUAAGGAAGCCUUGCCAGUGAACCUGCUGGCUGGCUUUGACCCUGCUCUUUUGGAUCUGGUUUCAUUUCAACUCUUGAAAACAUGGAAUCGUGCACAUCUAAUAAUGAAAUUAAAUAAUCAUAAACGCUUACCUAGGAAUUGCUAAUAGUUGCUGAUGUCCGAAUUUGCCUCCUUGUUAGAGUAAUAUGUCAAACCCUUUCUACUAUUCAUGUCUGCUUAAGUGUAGAAUCGCCAUUUUAAUUUAUUGCUUUUCAGUUUCAGUGACACACAAUCAUUAUAAAUGAUUGUUACGUUCUUGUUUCUUGGGGCAUCGUCACAGAACAUGUAUCAUUACUUAACUGCUCUCUGUUCAGAGAGCAGCAGAUUGAUGUGCACACAGUACUUUAUAUCAAAAGGAUUGUGCAGGAGGAACUGAGACUGAUGACACAUCGGCUGAGGCAUUUCUGACUUGAAGUAUGCCAAAUGUCCUCAGUACAGACAACCCAUUUCUUUAAACAAAAAAACUUCUCUUUUUAAUAUUCCUACAUGUCUCCUUAUUUUACAAGAGAUUGGACAGUGUGAGCCUCGGCUAAGAAGGUAUUGCAAAUGGUUAAACUAUGCCACUAUCAAAAAUAAAGUGCUAUUUUUAAAAGCUGGCUGUUUAUUUAUCUAACUGAAAACUACAAAGUCAUGCUGUGGGCCUACAAAAAUAUAGCCGGCGGAUUACAUAUUGGACAUGAUUAGAGCAGCUUUUCUCAGUUGGACCAGACUUUUCUAUCUUUCAAGGUAUACAGUGUUACUAGUGUUUAUGGCUUUUGCGUUUAUGCAUGCUUUAGAGUUUCUGGUUUUCAGAGUUUGGGGCUUCCAGUGUUUAUUUUUGCAGAUUUCAAUUUGCACCAAAUGUAGUUGUUUCUUAUUUAGACCUUCAGUGAGACUGGGUCUCAUCAAUGAGACUGUUUAUGUUCACACAGCUUCUAAAUUUCCCAUAUGUCGCCCACCUGUCGAGACUAUUGCUUUCGCCUCAGCUGGCAGGACACAGCUCAGCUCUCUCGCCAUCACGCUGCUCACAAACUAUUUCCUUUACAGCCUGAACAGCUAUCAGUUGCUGGACUGACAAUCCACCCUCCAUCCAUGUUUCUCAAUUCAAGCUUUUUGCUGUUGAGAGGCUGCAUGCCCAUUGUGAUUAAGCCAAGGAAAAGAAUCCAGUGAAAGAACAUUUAAGUGCCAUUGGAAAGUUUAAUUUCAAUGCCUUGUAACGAUGCAGAGAUACAUUGGUCACGAGAUAUAUUCAGGACUUCAAAUAUUUGAUUUACUCUUUGUGUUUUAUCUGCGCUACCAAAAUAAAACAUUUACUCCAAAAUUUCUUCCAGAUGAGCUCGUUGCUCUAACCCAAAAAAGCACGGUACCAUAUUUUAUCUAUAUAUUAUACAUGUAAAAAACACUUUUCAUAAUGAGGGUAUGCUAUUUUAUUACUACUUAAUGCAAUUAAGACAUUUUGACUGUAGCAUUAAAUUUAAUUGUCUGGUCACGGGUACAGUAAUAUUACAUUAUAAUCAGUUACCCAAUACAGUCAUAGAUGUUUACCUUCUGAAAUAUUACUGCUGAUCUCUUCUCCUCAUAUUUGUAAAACAGUACGUACUUUGUAUAUGUAUAUAAGAUAGAAUAACUUGCUUAAAAAUGUAUCUCAGGGCAUAGCAGAAGAGAUUGUUGUAAUAAACCUCGAAUUUUUG